CCUUUCGCGCCGGGUAACCGGAGAGCCGUGCGUCCAUGUGCGCAGUGACUGGGAACUGGUAGACCUCUGAAAUAUUACAAUCCGAGCCGUAAACGAGAGUUGUCGUGAUGGAUCCCGAGUCUUUGGUCGAGGCCCUCCGGGGCACCAUGGACCCCAACCUGCGGGAGGCGGCGGAGCGGCAGCUGAGCGAGGGUCACACUCAGGUAAACUUUAUGUCCACUCUGCUGCGUGUCACCAUGUCCGAGCAGCUGGAUUUGCCUGUCAGGCAAGCAGGUGUGAUUUACCUUAAGAACAUGAUAACCCAGCACUGGAGUGAUGGAGACGGUUCAGGCACAGAGACACCUGUUAAUAACAUCCCGGACGAGGACAGGCAGUUCAUUCGAGACAGCAUAGUGGAGGCCAUCAUCCACUCCCCCGAGCGCAUCAGGGUUCAGUUGACAACAUGUAUCCAUCACAUGAUCAAGCACGACUACCCCGGCAAGUGGACGACCAUCGUGGACAAGAUCGGCUUCUACUUGCAGUCAGACAACAGUGCUGGAUGGUUGGGCAUCCUGCUGUGCCUUUACCAGCUUGUCAAAAACUAUGAAUAUAAGAAACCAGAAGAGCGUCAGCCUCUCGUGGCUGCCAUGCACAUCUUCAUGCCCAUGCUGAAAGAACGCUUUAUUCAGCUGCUCCCAGACCACUCCAGCGACUCUGUCCUCAUACAGAAACAGAUCUUUAAAAUCCUCUACGCCCUCUUCCAGUACAACCUCCCUCUGGAGCUCAUUAACAGACAGAAUCUGACAGAGUGGAUGGAGAUCCUGAAGACUGUAGUAGACAGAGAUGUGCCACCAGAGACGAUGCAGAUAGAUGAAGAUGAGCGGCCUGAAUUGCCCUGGUGGAAAUGUAAGAAAUGGGCCCUUCACAUCUUGGCUCGGCUGUUUGAGAGAUACGGAAGCCCAGGCAACACAACCAAAGAGUAUGCAGAGUUUGCUGAUCUCUUCCUUAAGGAAUAUACAGUUGGUGCACAGCAGGUCCUGCUGAAAGUCUUAUACCAGUACAAGGAAAAGCAAUAUGUGGCUCCAAGAGUGCUACAGCAGACACUGAACUACAUCAACCAGGGAAUAGCACACGCUCUGACAUGGAAAAACCUCAAACCACACAUUCAGGGCAUCGUUCAGGAUGUGGUUUUCCCCCUCAUGUGUUACACAGAUUCUGAUGAGGAGCUGUGGCAGGAAGAUCCAUACGAGUACAUCCGCAUGAAAUUUGAUGUAUUUGAGGACUUCAUAUCUCCAACAACAGCAGCCCAGACGCUCCUCUUUACAGCCUGCAACAAGAGGAAAGAAGUGCUCCAAAAGACCAUGGGCUUCUGUUAUCAGAUCCUCACUGAUCCCGCCUCUGACCCAAGGAAAAAGGAUGGUGCCCUGCACAUGAUAGGCUCUUUGGCUGAAAUCCUGCUGAAGAAAAAGAUCUACAAGGACCAGAUGGAGUUCAUGCUGCAGAAUCAUGUCUUCCCCCUGUUCCGCAGUGAACUGGGUUAUAUGAGAGCCAGGGCUUGUUGGGUGCUGCAUUACUUCUGUGAGGUCAAGUUUAAGAGUGAUCAGAACCUGCAGACGGCUCUUGAGCUGACCCGGCUUUGUCUCAUCAAUGACAAUGAGAUGCCAGUUAAAGUGGAGGCUGCCAUUGCCCUCCAAGUUCUCAUCAGCAACCAGGAGAAAGCCAAAGAAUACAUAACUCCCUUCAUCCGACCAGUGAUGCAGGCACUCCUGCACAUCGUCAGGGAGACGGAGAAUGAUGACCUCACCAAUGUCAUACAGAAGAUGAUCUGCGAAUACAGUGAGGAGGUCACUCCAAUUGCAGUGGAGAUGACGCAGCACUUGGCAAUGACGUUCAACCAGGUGAUUCAGACGGGACCUGAUGAGGAGGGAGGAGAUGACAAGGCCGUGACGGCUAUGGGCAUCCUCAACACCAUCGACACAUUGCUAAGUGUGGUAGAAGACCACAAAGAGAUCACCCAGCAGCUGGAGGGCAUCUGUCUGCAGGUAAUCGGCACGGUGCUGCAGCAACAUGUCCUGGAAUUUUAUGAGGAAAUCCUGUCCUUGGCACAUAGUCUAACCUGCCAACAGGUGUCACCGCAGAUGUGGCAACUUCUCCCACUUGUAUAUGAAGUCUUCCAACAAGAUGGAUUUGAUUACUUCACAGAUAUGAUGCCUCUCCUUCACAACUAUGUCACAGUUGAUACAGACACCCUUUUAUCCGACACCAAAUACCUGGAGAUUAUCUACAGCAUGUGCAAAAAGGUCCUGACAGGUGAUCCAGGUGAGGACCCGGGGUGCCAUGCAGCCAAGCUGCUGGAGGUGAUCAUUCUCCAGUGUAAAGGUCGUGGCAUUGAUCAGGUUGUGCCCUUGUUUGUGGCUUCUGCUUUGGAGCGUUUGACGCGGGAGGUGAAGACCAGUGAGCUGAGGACCAUGUGCCUGCAGGUGGCCAUCGCUGCAUUAUACUACAGCCCCCCUCUCCUCCUCAACACUCUGGAGAAUCUCUGCUUUCCCAACAAUACAGAGCCAAUCACUAACCACUUCAUAACUCAGUGGCUGAAAGAUGUCGACUGCUUCCUUGGCCUUCACGACAGAAAGAUGUGCAUCCUGGGACUCUGCGCUGUCAUCGACCUCGAGCACAGGCCUCCAGCGAUCAACCAGGUGGCCGGCCAGAUUCUUCCAGCUGCCAUCCUACUGUUCAACGGCCUCAAGAGAGCGUACGCCUGCCGAGCAGAGCACGAGAAUGAUGAGGAUGAUGACGAUGAAGAUGGGGAGGAUGAGGACGACACUGCUGAGCUGGGCAGUGACGAAGAUGACAUCGAUGAGGAGGGUCAGGAGUACCUGGAAAUGCUUGCAAAGCAGGCAGGAGAGGAUGGAGAUGAUGAAGACUGGGAAGAGGAUGAUGCUGAGGAGACGGCGCUCGAGGGCUACGCUACAGCUAUAGACGAUGAAGAUAACUUAGUAGACGAAUAUCAGAUCUUCAAAGCUGUCCUACAGAACAUCCAGAGCCGUGACCCAGCAUGGUACCAGGCGCUUAUCCAAAGCCUUGAAGAGGAGCAAGCCAAACAGCUUCAGGACAUUGGCACACUUGCAGACCAGAGGCGGGCAGCACAUGAAUCCAAGAUGAUUGAGAAACACGGCGGGUACAAGUUCACAGCACCAGUGGUGCCAUCUACUUUCAACUUUGGAGGCUCUGCUCCAGGAAUGAAUUGAGUCAUCUGUUCUACUUUUUAUUACUCUGUGACUGAUUGUAGUGAAGUGUUAAAAAACAAAAAAAGCUUGUGUUGUUCCCUUAAGUAGUGGUUCCAGAACUGGGUCUUCAGUCAUUCUUCAAUCUAUCAAAUGGGAUAUUUUUUUUGCUCCAGAAGAUGUGGGGAAAGUGUCCACGAUGCAACCGAUGGCUGACGGGAGAAAAAAAACGAACCAAGAACUUGAGCACAAUACUAAAGAAGAAGCUCUGAACAAAACUGUCUUCUGGAGCCCAAUGCGGUCAGGAUACGAUGACAACUCUUUCGUCUUUCUCCUCACUUUAACAAAUUUGGGGGAUUAAAAAGAUGAAUUAAUGGACUAAAUAUUUCAUUAUCACUGUUGUGGCCAAAUGGCCGUUAUAGGAUUAUACCUCUGGUAGUGGUGAAAUCUUGCGUUACUUUCUGCAUAAACAAACACUCGUGUUUAUGUACAUACAAGCCAAGGUUAUUGAUUUUUUUUUUCUUUUUUUUUUUUUUUUUUUCAAGUAGCCUUGAGGGGGGAAAAAUAAAAGCAGAGGCAUUUGUAAGGUAUCAACAGCUGUAUUCAUAUGUAGCAUAUUGGAUAAUUCAUAGCACUAUGUGAUGCCUGAUCUCUGUAAAUUAAUGACUAGCACUUUCAUAUUGUUCAGGUCUCUUAUAGCCUUCUGUAUCAGACUGCAAAAUUUUUUUAAAUUGAAGACUAUUUAAAAUGAAAACAGCUGUAACUUUGUUACUUUGCAAGUGACUUCUGUAAUGGUCUUGAUGCGAAGGGAUAUUGAGGGGGAAACAUCAGUUUCAGGAGAAGAUGAUGCUCUUGGUGUUUCAUUGUGGCGACAUGACGAGUGUUUUGUUAGCACUGGAUGUGCCAUUUGGAUGCAUCAUCAAAGCAUGUACAAUUGGACUAUAUCGUGAAGGUUUCAAGCUUUUGGUUGGUGUAUGGAUGAACCAUCUAUAUAUACAACAUAUUAAAAAACAAACAAACAAAGCCAAGGGAAUUCAUGACCAUGGCUGUUUCUUGACGAUGCUUGAUGAAUUUAAUAUCGGCAGGUAAAUGACUGGACUUGAGUUGACUGUGACCACUAGAAACCAGCUCUUCGUCAGUGCUCACAGAACCCAGGUUAAUUGUGGUUUCUACAUUAUGUUCACAGUUGAUUUGUACCUCACAACGGCUCCUAAAACAAAUUAAAUUGUAAAUGCUU